AUGUCAACAACAGCGAUUAAACUUGGCUCUUUAGCCAUAAAAACACUGGCCAAGCCUAUGGCUAGUAAAAUCAAACAACAGGCCCGCGAUCACCCCCGCUUUCGCAAAAUCUGCGUUUCAAUCGCCCAAUCAAUCCAUCAAGUCGAUGUUCGUUUACGCCUUGGUCUCCUCCAGGACACUGCAGCAUUCAUAAAAGCCGAACAGGCUGAUCGUGAAGCUGCUCGUCAAGCUGCGAAAAAACUAUCGGAAGGAGCCGCAAAUUUCCCCUCCGACCUCAGCACCGUCUCUUCGGCCAAGGCUGUCCCUCCACCGGCCGCAUUUGGUUCCCCAAAGCCUGGCGCACAGAAACCGCAUUCACAGAAACCGCAUGCUCAUUUUACCCCUACUCCUGUUGCACGUCCGCGUGUCCGACCACUCUCGGAAGCAAAAGCAAUUGAGAGCGGUGCAAAUUUCAUUAGCGAGCUGUUUCUUUUUAUUGUAGCAGGGUCACUCAUUCUUGCUGAACAGAUAAGGUCUAGGCGGAAGGAGGCAGGCAGGCGUGAUGUGAUAGCGGAACGCCUGGAUCUUUUAGAAGUCAGAAUGAGACAGGAUGAAGAGCGCCUGGCACAACUGGAGGAACAUGGUUCCCUUGAUGAGAAGAGAAUCAUAGCAUUGGAGGAAGAAAUCUGGAAGCUAGGGGGUGGAAAGGGUGUCUAUCCAGGACACCGUGGGGAAAGAAAAGAACGAAAGAUUAUUGAACCAACGCCAUUAUGGGAAUCCGUGUCGGAUACAGGGACGAGUCUCUGGGGAAAAUUAUGGCCUUUUGGUGUUAGCGGCGAGGAAGACACUGCCAAUGCUGAGGUAGACAAGAACAUCGAAGCUGGAGUGUCUACGAAAACGAGAUCAAUGUCAAAUUCGUCGCAACUAGCUGAAAUUCCUGUUCAUUUUUCCGAGGGUUUUCUUGUACUUUUUCGUUGA